GAUAUUUUAAAAUACAUGAACGUUACCUAAAAACCCUUGAAUUUGGUACCUCAAGCACAUUAUUCCUGCAUAUAAUUGUAUGAUAAUAGUAAGAACCAUAGCUACCAGAAUGAAUUACAGGUAGAUUUAGGAUCCACUAUGAUUUAUCCUUCAAACGCCACCAAUGGAUCAAGCGAGAGAAAAAUGAUGUUUCUGAAGACCAAAACGUACCAGCAUCGGAACAUCGGGCACUGGCAACUACGACAGCAAUCGUAGCGUAGUUCUUUUCGUUUUAUGAAUGAAAGUUUGCGAUGUUGUCCUGCUCUUUCUCGACUGCUUUUGAUCAGGUGUUCUCGCUCCGAUGAAUGAAUUUCUUCUUCUUACGCGUGAUCAUUCUUUUGGAUCUCUCUUUGGUUACUUCUCUCCAGUGCAAGUUGUUUUCUUUGACCCACGAUUGUUAUUAUUAUUGUUGUGCUGUUGUAAGCAUCCUGUACGCUACAUCUUCUGUUCCAUUUGUGCUGCCGUUCGACGGCAAGCGUCUUGAUCAAGAUCUGGCGGCUUGUAUUCCAGCUGGUACAAGAAGAUCGUUUUUCGAUUUUUCUUUCAAUUUUGGUCCCUGCUCUCACGCCGAGAGCUUUGCUCGACGACCGUACAGAUAACGUUUACUGUCUCUUUGAUCCAUCGCGUUUGCAGUUCAGAUAAGUUGUGCGUGUUUUAUUUUAGUUUGCUUAUUAUAACUUUUCCAAAUCGUCAUUGUUUUAUGUUUUGUAUUAAACUUAGCUCUAAUGCUCUGUCUGUGAGAUUGGAAAUGAAAUAAAUAUCAUUAUAAGACGUAAGAACUACCGGUUGAGGCGUGAAGCUUACAAAAUACAUGCGUUGGUUAAAUGUUCAUGCAAUGCUGUAACAUUGUUGAAAUUUUGCUGUCUGUUUCCAUGUAGUGAUUGGAAAUAAUGUGCGCGAGUUGGAAUUAAGAUAAAUGACUAUCAACGAUCUCUCUACUCUCCUAGCUAGUUAGUGGUGUUUGGUUGGUUUGUAGAAUUUCGUGUCACGCUAUGUGACUACACUAUAAACAGGUUUUUUUUAAUAUCUUGGCUAUUCAUUAUUCACAUGUUUGGUUCAACAAUUGAACAAGAUUUGGCUAUAAAUUUAACUCUCUUUUUUGCUUUAGCAAAAAUUCUAGACAUUUAUCUAGAUAUUUAAGCAAUUUCCAAAUGAGUGAAAGAUGAUUGCUUAAACAUUGAACUUGAAUAUUACUUUCAACAAUAAAUCUAAAAACCAUUACCAACCAACAUACUGUGUAGUCCUUGUUCGUGCGAUACAAACAAAUACAUUUGGCUCACGAUACUGGUCGCAUUCAUCGCAAGAUCGCAUCGGAACUACCUGUGCCGGAACUCGCACCCACACACAUUGCUUUUGUUGUUUACUUCCUUGCAGGCACUAACACUAGUCAGAAUUCCCUAUUCGAACGACCCUCCCUUCAUGUGUGUUGCGUGUGUUGGUUGAGAACGAAAGAAGUGAAGAAGAGAAAGAUCAGUACUUCCGCCGCGAAUACGUACCCGCACACAACAAAAAUCCCAACAGCGUUUUCAGUUCCAAAGCGUCUACGGCGGAGUGUGUGUCGAUGAGCUCGUCUAGUUUUUGUGCUGCUAACCGUGAUCUCUUGCUCUCUCAAACCGUGCACGCACCCAUGAUUUGUGAGCGCGCAUUCUACUAAGCCGUUACGCGCCGCUGUUCACCGGUUGUUGUUGCGUUCUCGUAAAAGUUUGGUGUUUUCAGUGCUCAAGAAAACAUUGCACCGCGUUGAGCGGUCGCUGUCGGGCUGUGCGUUGUUUCGAUCGGUAACCAGUGUGAGUUCCUGUCGCUAGUGAUGUGAUGGUUUCCGGGCUGGACUCUAGUCCCUGCCUUGUUUUCCUACGUGAUACGAUCUGGUUUUAGUGGAUUUAAAUCUGGCGUGUGAAUCCCCCAAGUCAAGAUCAAGUGCAAAAAUUACCUGUUUGAUUUAUAUUAUCCUCGGCAAACGUUGUUCGGAAGUUUUUUUUUUUGUUUUGGUGAAACCACUAUAAUGCAACGGAAGGCUUUCGUUUUCUUUGGCGUUGUGUGUGCUCGUACUCGUUAUGGAUCAUUGAAUCAUGAAAUAUUUAAGACCUAUGUUAAAAAUGAUUCUAUUAUGGUUAAUAAAACAUGAGCUUCAACUGCAUGCGACAAGAGUGCCAAACUGUUCUGAACGUGCACCCAUACAUCAACAUCAACAUCACCCCGGAUGUUGUGAUUUGUGCCUACUAGUAUUGUGUGAUAUUUGCGUAGUGUUUUUGUAAUUGCAACAUUCGUAUGUCAUAUACUGCGAUUCGAUGUACUCGCUUGUGUAGUGAUUUUAUCGUUCUUCUUCGCGGUGUUCUGUUCCGAUUACUGGUUGAAGCAAUAGCAACCGCGCAUUAUGCUAAUGGCGCAAUGCCGGUGCUUGGUGUGGCAAGCAAUUCAUUUUUUUACCACACUGACCAACGAUCUACAAAUGGCAACGAGGGACAUCGCUGCAAAAUCAUACGCCCGACGGCAAAACGUUAAAUUGCAAAACUGCGAAAAACGCAAAGCUUCGUAAUGAAGAUAUCUCAGUAUUCUGACAUCGUUUGAAUAUUGAUUAUCUUUUUUUCUGUUUUUAAUUAUUAAGUUCAUUCGCUCUCGACAAAAAGCAUCACAGGUUAUAGUUCUUUAACAAUUUAGUUAUCAUUUCAUUGGCACAAUAAAUGAAACGAAAACGUGAAGCGAAUUUAUAUAUUCUAUUCUGCAAUAUGGAGUCACAACACAUUGACGUUCAAUCGUCGAUUCGUGAUCGAGUUGAAGUCACAAAGAAGUGAAGUCAAAGGUAGUAAAUACCCGCGUAUGAAAGGCAAAACCCGAUCAGACUUUUAUAUGGGUUUAAAUCAAUAUAUGCUUUAAAUGCAACAUGGCAAUACUACAUAUUAUUAAUGUAUUGUUUUAAUUGAAAAUUAUUUAAGUAAUAAUAUACGUUUUUUAAACCCAAAAAUUUGUCUCAACGCAAUUGAUCAAAAUAGUAAUUUUUUCCCCUAAAAAAUUUUUGUCACUUUUUAUUUUACACACUCACGUUAGACUGGGCGUUUAUUUUGUUUAAUCUUGUAAAUCGAAUAGCAAAUGCUUACAUGUAAAGCCGCGAGAAUGCAAUCACAUUUGUAUGCUCAUUACACAACUGCUAACACUCAUAACUAUUGUCAGAAAUUUGAUCCUCUUCUCAUCCCUUCAUUUCGGCUCGGUAAAAUAAUAUGCUUGGCUUUCCUCCGACCAAAGCGGGAUUACCGAUUACCAUUCCCGGUUCGGGUGUGGAAGAGGACGAAGUAUUUUCCUUUGUGUUUAUCCGUAAAGCUUUCCACUAAUCGAUAGCAUUGAAGUUAAGACACUGGCUCAGUGUUUCUCAAGAAUUGAAUUAUUAUAUGUCGCUACAGGCGCCAUACGAACCAAAGCCAAGAACAAGUACUGACACAGGUGUUUGUGCUGUGAGGAUUUGGCUUUGUUUUACCUCGUUUGCCGCGGUACGAAACGUCUUCACCUUUAUUGUGGGUGUUGUGCGAUCGGUAUACACAUGCUUGCAGUUUUACGCAACUUUCUUUGUGGAAACAAACCCGUAACGCUCGAGCAAACACCAACUACAACUAGCCGAGCCAGUCGGUGCUCGCGAGUUUAGAUACAAGUCUUAAGCUGAUGAUUUCGACCUUGGCCACGAAGGUGCCCAUGCAAUAUUUUAUAAUGUGAAUUGCUUUUGAUGGCAAUAAUAACGCGAAAUAUCUAGGUAAAACCCCAUCGGUUACCAGCUAAAUGUGCUAAGUAGUAUUAUGAAACACUGAAUAGUUCAAUGGGUUGUGCUGAUUUUGUAGAUUUUGCCGACUUUAUAAAAUUGGAGACAAGUUUGUGCAUCAAAAUAUUUCAAUACAAUCAGCUUAUAUUGAUGUACAAAACUUGAAGAAACUGAGAAAACUGAGCAUAAAAUAGUUUCAAUAGAAUCUGUUCACAUGUAAUUAUAUAUCGUCAUCUCCAUCGAAAAAGUAGUUAAAAUAUCCGACUGUAGGAACAAAACACACGGAAAGCGUGAGUUGAAAAAGCACCUCAAAUGAUGAUGACAACGCGACUUCAUAAUAGUGUCAUUCGUUCGCAGCAGAAGUUGAUCGUUUCUCAAGCCGUUUUCGUUGUCAUUUCAUAGUGAUUGAGGUAGUGGAUGCGAUGAAGAAGAUAGUUUCUGAGUUUAGAAGCUAAGAUUUUCUUCUAUCAACAUUGUCUUUUCACACUUUACUGGCUCACAUGCUUACCUUCGUUUCAAUUUAGUGAUCUCUAAAGGGGAUUUAUAUUUUUCACCAGCUAUCAGCGUUAAGAUGGCCAUUUGUUCAGUUGCUGUUCCUAAUUGCGAUAGAUGCAAGAGAGUUGCUUUAUCGCCUCCAGUCAACGCCAUCGGUGGUUUUUACUCACAAUCUACAAAUUUACGAAACCGCCUCUUCACGCACGUGAUGAUUUUUGCUCCCUAUAAUGAGGAAGUAGUCAUUUCCGGGGUUUCCGGAUAUUAAUCUCACACAUGCUAAUGACUAUAUUGGCUGACCAUUUUUCUCUGAUAAUGUCAAUCGAAUGAACUGUCGUGAACAUAACAAAAAAGAUGAUUGCUACCUAGUCGCACCUUAUGGAAUGCGGAAUACUUAGCUUGUAUAUUGUUGUUUUUUUUUCUUCCUAAAAUAACGUUUUGAAGCUUUUUCAUAAUCACGACUGGAUCGCACAUCUUAUGGUAUAUUGAUGUUCCAGGACAUUACAUUUUACGUAAUGUUUAGUGAAAGAUAAUCCAAACGUAAAAAAUCACAUUUACCCCAAUAGUAAUAAUUGAUUAAUUGACUUCAAUAUGUAAUGGAAACGGUACAGGGAGAUUAUCCUUGUAAUCGUCAGUAUCGGUAACAUAGAGUCCAAAGGUCACAAGGGAAAUGCAUUUAGUCGGAUAAUCAAUAACAUAAGACAGGUACUUCCGAUCGAGGGUCGCUCGACAGCCACUUAGUUCCCAUUCAACCGCAGCACACUUAUAAUCCUCAAUUUUGUAUGUGAUUUAAGCGUAACUACUCUAAGGGGACAUCUAGUCCUGAGGGGUGAAACAUAUCAAAUUACGCUCGAUUAAGUUUCACACUAUACCAAAGAAGUUGCUUGAACUGAUCGCUAAGGAAAACCUGUCGACAACUUCAUUCUUGUAACGACAAUUAUUGUCACCUUUGUCUAUUACACGAUGCUGUUAUCGAUUUCAUGUUCAUUUUGACCUACUCAUGAUAUUUUUACACGUGUGUGUGUGUUUUUUUUACUUAAGUAUGAAACUAUAAUAUUUCCUUUAAAAUCAGAUCAGAUUACGUUUCGUUAAUGAUUUCGUUGAAAUUUUACUUUAAUGUAACCAGUGGCUAAAAAGAUUGAUAGCUUUGCAUCGAAUUUAGCUUUGAUGAAUUAUGAUCCUCAGAAUGUAAUAUAUAACGGAGAAAACUAUGAAGGUUCUAACUACCCACAGCAUUUUAUAACAGAAUAAAAAUCAUUGAUUUUACACCCCAACGUUAAACAAACGACUUAAAAGGAAUUAUCGCCAAUGUUCAUCGUGGAAGCGUAGUUAAGUUAAUAUCCAUGAUACACAAUGUUCAUGCUCUCUAGCCGGUUAUUUGUUUAUGCAUUUUCCCUCGAUUUCGAUCAUUUUCCCCCGAGUGACCGUUUCCGUUGUAUUCGAGAUGGUUGGUUAUGCAGUUUUUGCUAGUUUCUCUAAUGGCCAACGUUCUAAUGGCUGUUAGAAAGCAUCAACAGUUUGUGGAAUGGCAUUUGCUGCUACGGCCUCCGCUUCGACACAUCAAUUGGAAAGAAUUGGAUGACAAUUGGAGUAAAUGAAAUGUUAAUUUAAUAAUUUAUGUUAAUUAAGUGGACAUUUUCAAACAGUCAUACCCAACACAGUGCCAGUAGAUGUAACAAUGUUUGGCAUGUGGGUAGUCAAAAAACUCCAAACGGAUUUCUAUAUAUGUUUUUCUGUUAUUGUUGAACGAUUCCGUUACGUUUCGUCCGAUGCCAAUCUUGUGGCAACAAAACUUAACUAAGUAACAAAAAAAUGUAAAUAACAAAAAGUUAAAAAAAUAACGUGUAGAAAUAAGUAAUGACUAUCCAAAAAUGGUAUAUCUUACUCCAUUAAAAGUGAACAAAACAUUACAUUUUGUUAUAAAUUAUUGAAUGUAAUAGUUUUUUUGUGGAAGCUCUACAGCUCUUAUUUAGGCAAUAUUGAUUCGUACUGUUACAUUAAACUGUAUCAACAUUACUUACGAUGUGAUUGUUGGUUAUAUGAUAUGCAAAUUAUGUACUUGAUAAAAUCAACAGCAAUAAUUUUCUGACUAUCUCUAUUUACUUCUUUUAGAACUUUACAAGCAAAACAAAUAUUUAAUGCGUAAAGUGUGUCAAAAAGGAUGAGAAAUCCUAGUUGCGAUGCAUAAAACAUAAUUUUGAAACUACGUUUGCACAAGAAUAUAAUAAAAGUGGUUCGAACCUGACCAUCGACUACAGUGAAGCUGAGUGAAGUGUAAAACCUAAUAACAUUAACUAGUGUGGUGAGUGUCUGUGCAAUAUAUUUGGUGAAGCAUUGUGCGUGUUAUGCAGCUUGGGCUUGUUGAAAUUGUCUCUUAAGCCAUAAUAAAUUUACUAAUUACCUAUCGCUAAAGUGAAUAACGUGCAUAGUAAAGGUGCAAGCUUGAAAGUGUACACUGAAAUAGCACCUUUGAAAAAAAUCCAGUUAUAUCGAUUUCAAACGCAGAAAAAGUGGCUACAAAAGUAAACAUUAAUGAGUUACGAGGAUACGAAGGUUUCGAUCCUCGUGCCAAAAUGACUAACGAAUGGAUGGAGUGGAACGAUCCCGGAAUCGGACGGGGUGGCCCACUCGGCAGGAUCCCCUUACGAGGAGCAAAUCAUCAUAACUUGGGCACGGGCCUAUCUAGUGUUGCUGGCGGAAUGAUAGGCAGUGUUGGCAGCAUCGGGGGGAUUCACAAUAACAAUAAUGUGAACUUCCUUAAUAACAAUCAGCAAAGUUUUCUGAAUAGUUACAGUUUGAACAAAUUAGCAUCGGUCGGUAUGGGACUCAAAUCUCAUCCGCUUAUGAAAGGCUUACAGAAACCAAGAGAUGUGCCGACCCAGAUGCCACCGCUGACGCCUGGUACAAAUAAGAAACUAACCGAAGUGUUGUACGCAUCGUUCGCAUCCUGGGAAAAGGAAGUGCAGACAUUCAAAAUCACCAAAGAUCCUCGGCAAUGGACAGCGGAACAUGUGCUAAUUUGGUUGAAUUGGUCGAUCAAAGAAUUCUCCCUGGAGGGUGUCAACAAGGAACCGUUCCAAAAGAUGAGUGGCCGCGACAUUGUUGGUCUCGGUCGCGAAGGAUUUCUUGCGAUUGCUCCACCAUUCACUGGAGAUAUUCUGUGGGAACAUUUGGAAAUACUACAAAAAGAUUGCGAAAAGGCGCUACUAGACCAUUCUGUUGGCGGUGGUGGCGUAUAUGAUGCGUCCUGCGGGCAGGCGGCUGGCGGUGUUGGCGUUAACGAACUCAAUGAGUACAACAGUACCCUUCAGCGGUUAAGUGGCCAGCAGCAAGAAUUCGGACGAGGCAAUGGCUCGAGUAGCAAUAGCAACAACAGCAGUAAUACUCCCGCAUCUACCUCCAGUACAACCCCUGGUACGACAACUCCAAACAGCAGCAGUACCACCAACACGAACAGCGGCGGCAAUGGAGCCUACGGAUCGGUGCAUGAUCGUAGUACCAGCGAUCGUUCACCACCACCGCCCCUAAUAUCGUCUAGUGGUGGUAACGUACCGAACGGUAGCACCAACGGCAGCAGUAGUACAUCCUCCAUGACAUCCUACCUGUCAUCGCUCGGGUCAAGGGGGCCGCUCAGUGGGGGCAAUGGGUCUGCGGCAGCGAGUUCCGUUUAUCACCAACAGUCUGGCAGCGGCGGUGCUAUGAAGGAAGAGCAAGAGCCAAACAGUUUCAUUAACAUAGACGAUCUACCGAAUUAUGGGGUCGUACCGGCACAUUACGACGAGCAGGAUCAAUACCAUUCGCUGCCGGCACCGGAAACACAAACGUCCUCGCACGGAUACCUCGAAAAUAGCCCCGAGUUUUACUCAGCCAUUCAGAUGGAGCAGAAGUACAUGCCGCCGCAUUACAAAUCGGGUCCCUACACCAGUCGAGGAGGACGCUACCAUCAGCCGCACCAUCACAGCAGUAGUGCUGGUGGUACCGGUGGUGGAGGAGGAGGCGGAGGUGGUGGGGGAGGAUCGGGGAAUCAACAUGCACAGCAACAGCACCAUCAACAACACCCACAACAGCAGCAGCAACAGCAGCAACAGCAGCAGCAGCAGCAGCAGCAGCAACAACAGCAACAUCAGCAUCAUCACCCCCAUCAUCACCCGCAUCACCAUGCACAUCAUCAUCCUGCCAGCCAUCAUCAGACAGCUCAUCACACGGACAGUGGUUAUCCGGAGUAUGGUUCACCGUACGACACUCCUCCGUUCCAGACUGUUCCCAGUAAUACGACCUCGCCUCAGAGUUCGGCCGCGUCCGGUAAUGGAGCUCCAGGUGGUGGUGGUCCCGGAGGUGGCAAUGGAAGCGGCAACAACAACAAUAACAACAACGGAGACCUGCUUGGUGGUCACGUGGUAGAUCCGUGGAGCUUACACCAUCCCGGACAACAUCCGCACGCCGGUGCACCACACCCAUUGUUGGACUUUCAGCAUCCGGCGUACAUGGGAACGACGAUGGGCUUCGACAAGACGAUGUUAGGCACAUAUGGGGCGCAAGGUGGUGCACCGUGUUUUACCGGUUCCGGACCAAUCCAGCUGUGGCAAUUUCUUUUGGAACUACUCACGGACAAAACCUGCCAGAGCUUUAUCUCCUGGACCGGUGAUGAAUGGGAAUUCAAACUUACCGAUCCGGAUGAAGUCGCUCGACGAUGGGGUGUCCGAAAGAACAAACCAAAAAUGAACUAUGAAAAACUAAGCCGUGGCCUGCGGUACUAUUACGAUAAGAACAUAAUACACAAAACGGCCGGCAAACGAUACGUGUAUCGAUUUGUAUGUGAUCUUCAAACACUGCUGGGCUACUCAGCGAAACAGGUGCACGAAAUGGUUGAUCUCAAGCCUGACAAAAAGGACGAUGAAUAGACUUAGGUCAAGGCGGGUCUAAUACAACCUUGCUGUGAGAGGAGGGGAGAUUUGUGAUUAUGCGGUCCUACUCAUCCCUCACUUCGUACUACUUCGAGCAUGCAUUUGCUGCUCAUUCACUCGAUCUCCCUCUUCUGGAGCCACCGUCGGAAAAUGGGAUAAACACUUCUCCAAAACCACACCAUGGCGAAGAGAAAUUAAACUAACUACUAUCGGAGCUAGAUGCGGACAAGCGUGUGCAGCAAAGCACGCGAAUCGGUCUGAUUCAAAUUGGAAGAGACAAGUGGACAGCAGAUUUCCCACCAAAAUACGAAAAUGGUUCCAUAUUUCCAUUAACGAUCGAAAUGCACUUUUGCACAGAACACUGGUGCGCAUGCAUCUAGUCUCGCACGCAUUCGUAAAUUCGAGACUAAGGACGGUUCGUGUCGUUUAGAUGUUACGGACCCAAAAGCAGGGCCCAGUAGGUAGUGGAUGGCUUUAACAAUGUUGAAGCUUAUUUAGUUCGUUCCAAGCUGGACUUUGAUUCUCGUGCUUUAUUUUCACACUCCACAUUCAGCUCCAACCAUAGCGUGGGUUAGGUCGAUCCCUCUUGCGGACGAAGCGUUUUGUGCGCGUGAACGCAUAGUGGACAGAGUAUUAAAAAUGUUGUUUUUACCAUUAAACAAACAAUUGUGUAAACAGAUAGUUUUUUUUUCGAACAAAAAACAAAAUCAAUUGUAACAAUUAGAAAGAGAAACAGUUACAAACAAACACAAAAAGCUUCCAAAUCCUAAGAACAUAACUGUUCGAUGGUGUGCUGAGUGCAAAUAAAUAAGGAAAAAAAGUUAAAUAGGCUAAGGCUAAUAGAACAAGCGCAGAAACUAAUGGACAGUGGUGACGUGGAGUAUAAGACAACUUACAAAACAUCUACUUAAAUCUUUCUACGAAGCACAAGCGAUAGAUAAAACGAGAAAGGAUGUACACCACAUGAACAUGUGCAAAUCAUUGUAUUCCAAUAGAUGCGAUGGACGUUCCAUGUUCGUAACAUUUCAUUCGUACAAUAAUACGACCUGUGCAGAAGCUUCAAUCUAUGUUACAUUAGACAUCCUUGCCCCGUGCUCCAUCAUCGGUGCUGCUUUCCAAAAGAGCAUUCGGAUCGGACGAAAAGAAAAGGCAACGUAUAAGAGAGAGCACUUACAGGAUCAUUAUUAAAUGGCGAUUUAGGUGAAGCAAUCGUGAAGCUUUGUGAUAAGUUCGUAUAGAUAAGGUUAUUUUUAUUACGUGUAUGUAUUUUUCUUGUUCUUUCGGUAAUGUUUACUACUACAAACAUGGAACGCGCCCGCUCGGUCGUGAAUAUGUGUGGAACCUUGCCGUCGCACACGGUUCCAGGCACCCUGCGUCUUGCUGCUACUGCAAUGAAAAUGUGCUUGCAUUACCGUUCCAAUGGAACAAUACAUUGCUUACGAUUAAGUUUUUUUUUGUUUUCCUAUUUUUUGUUUGUUUUGUUCUUUCUUACUUUUUCUGCUAUUGACUAUUUAACAUAUCUUUACUCCUUCCACUCGCACGAACGCAAUGUGAAAUUACGUUAAAAAUUAUUUAUGGCACACAACACAACGGAAACAGCAAAAAUUUUAAAGUGUAAUACAGCAAUACAAAUGGGCGUCUAUGAGCGAGCGAGAUUCUGUUUUUUUUUAAUUCCUCUACUAAAAUUCCUUUUGUAGUGUGAAACACAUUACACGUCGCCUGAAUCGUUACCAUUAAUGAGGUGUUACUGGUUACGAUCUAUGUAUUUACUUUACUUCAACUAUGAGUGCCUCUUUCAAUUUUAUAAAAAAAAAUAGAUUUCGACAAUUUAGUUACGGUUGAGUUUUAAAUGUUUUUUGUGUUUUUCUUUUAGUAUUUGUUUUAUUUUUUUCGUUCUAAAACUCAUUACUCCCUAUCCCAUGUUUCUUCUCUUCAGAGAGAUCAUCAAGAAAAAACAAAAACCCUUUACACGGUGAGCGAUCAAUGUUCAACUGUUAACUAUGCGUCCAUGUUUGUGAGAUGUAGAUUGGAAAUAAAUCAUAACCACACGACAAACACAGAUUGUAAAGAAAACUGAAAAGGGAAAUACUAUAACGUAGUUUGCUGUUUAGUGUGUAAGCGUUCUCCCUAAUUGUGCAAACAAUAAAAUGAGUAAAACUUAGCAACAUUUACUAUGUGGAAUCAUCGAGAAUCCCUGCUUAGGCUCGCGAAAUCGAUUUCGUUACACCGUUAGGGAACAGCAUCAGGGUAACGUGUUAUUAUGCGUUUUAGCGUGCUAUCAGUGAUGAUAGCAGCCAACAGCAAUAGCCGCAGCACUGGGAAAAAGCCGAUUGGAGCCAAAUUUUUGAACCUCUUUGUGUGUGUUCGUCGUGUGCAGUUAAUCUAAUUACAUGUGCUUCGUAACAUAUAUAACACCGCCUCUUUCAUCCGUACGAUGGGUGAGGUAGGUGGAAAGGUAAUAAGAAAGCAACGUUAAACGCAAAUGAAGAUUAUUAUUAAUUGAUGUAAAAAAAAACAAACAAAAACACAACAAUACGGUAGUAAAGUAAAACUCUGUGUAGAGAUACAAAACAAAAGCAAACCCUUAUUUCGUGGUAAGGAAAGUUAAGUAAUUAUUGAAAAUAAUAAUAAAAAAAAACAUUAUUCAAAACAA